AUCUUAAAAGGAGAAUGUCUGUUGGAUCUUAGCAAUUUUACAGAAAAUAAUAAAGCACUGAACAGAGAGUAUGAAGAGUAUGUUCUGACAGUGGGUGACUUUGACGAGAGGGUUUUCCUGGGAGCUGAUGCUGAAGAAGAGAUCGGAACUCCUCGGAAGUUUCCUGCAGAUGUGCCGGUGGGGAAAACAGCAGCCAGAGCUCAUGUGGAGUGUCACCUUCAGCAGCAUUUUGAAAAGAAAAGGUCAUUUGCACCUUCAACUCCUCUGACUGGAAGAAGGUACCUACGAGAAAAGGAAGCUGUCAUCACUCCUGUUGCUUCAGCAACACAAAGUGUGAGCAGGUUGCAGAGUAUUGUGGCUGGAUUGAAAAAUGCACCCAGUGAACAACUUAUAGCUAUUUUUCAGUCCUGUGCACGCAACCCCAUGGAGAGCAUCUUGAACAGGGUAAAAGAGAUCGGGGAGACCUUCUGCCGCAGCUACACGCAGGCAACAGAUGAGCAGCCAGGAUCCCAUAUAGAUUUUGCUGUAAACAGAUUAAAAUUGGCAGAGAUCUUGUACUAUAAAAUCCUGGAGACUAUAAUGGUGCAAGAAACACGAAGACUACAUGGGAAGGAUCUGACUGCUGUCUUGGAACAGGACGUGUUUCACCGCUCUCUCCUGGCGUGCUGCUUGGAGAUCGUGCUCUUUGCCUACAGCUCACCCCGCACCUUCCCCUGGAUCAUCGAGGUGCUUGACCUCAGGCCAUUCUAUUUCUACAAGGUGAUUGAAGUGCUGAUUCGGUCUGAGGAGGGACUUUCCAGAGACAUGGUGAAGCACCUCAACAGCAUUGAGGAACAGAUUCUGGAGAGUCUUGCCUGGACUCGGGACUCAGCUCUCUGGGUUGCUCUGCAGGCCUCGGAAAGCAAGGUCCCAACCUGUGAAGAAGUGAUAUUUCCCAGUAAUUUUGAAGCAAGCAAUGGAGGAGGUGGGCUUGGGCAUCUGCCCAUGAUGCCAGUGUCUCCCAUCAUUCAUCCUCGGGUGAAGGAGGUUCGGACAGACCUUGGUGGCAGUUUGAGGCGGGACAUGCAGCCCUUGUCACCGAUCUCCGUUCACGAGCGCUACAGUUCUCCUGCAGCUGGUAGUGCCAAGAGGAGGCUCUUUGGAGAUGACAGCCCCAAGGAGCUGCAAAUGGAAAAAAUGUUAACUGAAGGAACCAAGUUGACAAUUGCUCCAGCAUCAAGCAUUGCUGCUGAAAAUGUGUCCUUUCCUCCUGGCCAAACUGUACUGACCAUGACAACGGCUACAGUGCCAGGAAGAACAGGACAGAAGGUUACUAUCCCACUGCACGGUAUUUCAAGUGACAUGGGAGGGAUCACCUUGAUACCCAUCUCCAUGAGUCUGGGCCAGCCCUGCAAAGGGGAGGCCCAGGCUCCCACCCCAGCCCCCCUGAGCCAGGCCCAGGAGGUGCAGCCACCACCAGCCGGCAAACCCAAGCGAACAGGAUCCUUGGCACUGUUCUACAGGAAGGUUUACCACCUGGCGAGCGUGCGCUUGCGUGAUCUGUGCCUGAAGCUGGACGUCUCCACUGACCUGCGCAGGAAGAUCUGGACCUGCUUUGAAUUCACAUUGGUUCAUUGUCCUGAUCUAAUGAAGGACAGACACUUGGACCAGCUCCUCCUCUGUGCUUUCUACAUCAUGGCAAAGGUAACCAAAGAGGAAAGAUCUUUUCAGGACAUCAUGAAAAGUUACAGAAAUCAGCCACAAGCAAACAGCCAUGUUUAUAGGAGUGUCCUGUUGAGAAAUGGUUCUGCCAACGUCCCCUCGGACAAAAAUGCCAACGAAGAUGUGGAGAUGACAGAAGACUCCUCUGUGAAAACUGGCAGCUCCCCAGGACAACCCACAGAGCACUCCAGCGAGUUGGGAUCAGAGGAGAGAGGAGAUCUCAUUAAAUUUUACAACGCAGUCUAUGUAGGAAGAGUAAAAUCAUUUGCACUGAAGUAUGAUAUCACAAACCAGGAUUAUGUAAUGGAAGCCCCUCCCUUGUCCCCAUUCCCCAGCAUCCGGCAGCAGCCGCUGUCCCCGCGGCGCGUCUCGCAGCAGCACUCGCUCUACGUCUCCCCUCACAAGAACGGGCCCUGCCUGACCCCUCGCACUGCCCUGCUCUACAAAUUCAGUGGGAGCCCUUCCAAGAGUUUGAAAGACAUCAACAAUAUGAUAAAACAAGGUGAACACAGGAGUAAGAAGCGAGCAAUAACAAUUGACAGUGACACUGAAUCCCCUACAAAGAGACUCUGCCAGGAAAAUGAUGAUGUUCUGCUCAAACGUCUCCAGGAUGUUGUCAGUGAAAGAGCAAAUCAUUGAAGCUGCUGCUUUUCUGUGGGACCUGAGAGCUGGGGAGCUGGGUGCAGCUGUUGUGAUGUUGAUUUCUGGUUCUUGUACACAGACAACUGCCAAGUUU